UUGUCUGAGCGAGCGCGAGCCGGGACGCGGGGCGGGCGCGGGCAGCGGCGGGCGGGCGGGCGGCCGGGCUGUGCAGGGAGCGGCGGCGGCGGCGGCGGCGGCGGCGGCGCGGGCGGCGCGGGCGGCGCGGGCGACAGGGGCGCCUCGGCCGGGGCGGCAGCGGGGCGCCGGCGGGAGCCAGCAGCGUCUGCAGCCGCGCCGGCCCCCCGCGCCCCGGCGCGCUCCGGCUCGGCCAUGGAGCUGCCAGCUGUUGGCGAGCACGUCUUCGCGGUGGAGAGCAUCGAGAAGAAGCGGAUCCGCAAGGGCAGAGUGGAGUAUCUGGUGAAAUGGAGAGGCUGGUCCCCCAAAUAUAACACGUGGGAACCUGAGGAGAACAUCCUGGAUCCCCGGCUGCUGAUCGCCUUCCAGAACAGGGAGCGGCAGGAGCAGCUGAUGGGGUACCGGAAGAGAGGGCCGAAGCCCAAACCGCUGGUGGUGCAGGUCCCCACGUUUGCCCGUCGCUCCAACGUGCUGACUGGACUUCAGGACUCCUCUGCAGACAACCGGGCGAAGCUGGAGCUGGGCGCCCAGGGCAAGGGCCAGGGCCACCAGUACGAGCUCAACAGCAAGAAGCACCACCAGUACCAGCCGCACAGCAAGGAGCGGGCCGGCAAGCCCCCACCGCCGGGCAAGAGCGGCAAGUACUACUACCAGCUCAACAGCAAGAAGCACCACCCCUACCAGCCGGACCCCAAGAUGUACGACCUGCAGUACCAGGGCGGCCACAAGGAGGCGCCCAGCCCCACUUGCCCGGACCUGGGCGCCAAGAGCCACCCGCCCGACAAGUGGGCGCACGGCGCGGGGGCCAAGGGCUACCUGGGAGCUGUGAAGCCCCUGGCCGGUGCGGCCGGGGCUCCGGGCAAGGGCUCGGAGAAGGGCCCUCCCAACGGGAUGACGCCGGCCCCCAAGGAGGCGGUGACGGGCAACGGGAUCGGGGGCAAGAUGAAGAUCGUCAAGAACAAGAACAAGAACGGGCGCAUCGUGAUCGUCAUGAGCAAGUACAUGGAGAACGGCAUGCAGGCCGUGAAGAUCAAGUCCGGCGAGGCGGCCGAGGGCGAGGCGCGCUCCCCGGGCCACAAAAAGCGCGCCGCCGAGGAGCGCCACCCCCCGGCCGACAGGACUUUCAAAAAGGCGGCGGGGGCGGAGGAGAAGAAGGCGGAGGCGCCGUCCAAGAGGAGGGAGGAGGAGGCGCAGGGCCCCGGCGACUCGCAGCCCCAGGACGCCGGCUCCCGCAAGCUGUCCCCAUCCAAGGAGGCCUUCGGCGAGCAGCCCCUGCAGCUCACCACCAAGCCCGACCUGCUGGCCUGGGACCCGGCCCGGAGCGCCCAUGCGCCCUCCCACCACCACCACCACCACCACCACCAUCACCACCACCACCACGCGGUCGGCCUGAAUCUCUCCCACGCACGCAAGCGCUGCCUCUCCGAGACCCACGGCGAGCGGGAGCCCUGCAAAAAGCGCCUCACGGCGCGCAGCAUCAGCACCCCCACCUGCCUGGGGGGCAGCCCGGCCGCCGAGCACCCCACCGACCUGCCCCCUGCCGCCACCCUCCCGCAGCCCGAGGUCAUCCUGCUGGACUCGGACCUGGACGAGCCCAUAGACUUGCGCUGCGUCAAGACGCGCGGCGAAGCCGGGGAGCCCCCAAGCGCCCUCCAAGUGAAGCCCGAGGCGCCCGCGACGGUGGCGGCGGUGGCAGCUGCGCCAGUGACAGCGGCGGAGAAGCCUCCAGCCGAGGCCCAGGACGAGCCCGAGGAGCCGCUGAGCGAGUUCAAGCCCUUCUUUGGGAAUAUAAUUAUCACCGACGUCACCGCGAACUGCCUCACCGUCACGUUCAAGGAGUACGUGACAGUGUAGCUGGAGGGGUUCGGAAGGGGAAGCGCCAUCCCCGCGGGUGGCCCAGCACCUGGUGCCUAGGGGCGGAUUCCUCCUCUCGCCCGCCACGGGAGAUCCGGGCCUGCCCCGGUGCGAGGACGCCCCAGCCGCAGCGUGUGCGCCCCUCUGCGCCCCGCUGUCGGCUCCUGGCUGGGGCCCGACCCCCGGCCGGCAGUGGCUCUUUCCACGCGGUGCCUGCGGGUCUCGCCCCCGACCUGCCCCAUCCCCGCGCUGGACCUCCCCUCCCUCGUGGACCUCCGGGACUGGCAGGGCAGCCGCGCGCCUCGGUCUCAGAGUAAUAGUAUUAUAUUUUAACCGUGCUAACUUGUCAAGUGCAGACUUUACUCCCGUUUGUACGUGGUGUUAUUAUUGAAAUGUAUUGUUUGAGCUCAAAAGGCCCGGCCACCCCCUUCGGGCUGAUAUAUAUAUAUUUAUUUGUAGGUAUUUAUAUAUUGAAAUAUAAAAACCUAGAUUUAUGGAGUUUCCUCUAGAUCAUGUUAUAUUCUAUAUCAGACAAACUAUUUUCUGUUGACCUUUCUUCCUGUUCAUUCAGUAUUUCGGCUGAUUUCAUUUCCUCCCCUUCCUGGAACUGCAAUACCAGUAACGUUGGUAUAUAUUUUUUGAUACCGUACACAUGGAUGUGUUGUUUCUAUGUGCAAAAAAAAAAAAAAGAAAAGAAAAAGAAAAAAAAAGUUUGUUUAAAAGCUAAACGAGCUCUCUAGAAACUGCUGCUACUAGAAAUGUCUAAACUAUAAGCUUCCAAUUAUUACCUGCUUGAAUGUAAAUAUUAAAUGGAGAUGUUGAAGGUG